AAAGUGCGUUUUUCUCCAGCUGGACCAUCACUCACGCGCAUCUUUCCAACAUGGGGAACCCCAGAGUUUAUUUUGACAUGACUGUGGACGGAGCUAACGCAGGCAGGAUUGUGAUGGAGCUGCGGGCUGAUGUGGUGCCAAAGACUGCCGAAAAUUUCCGUGCUCUGUGCACCGGAGAGAAAGGUUAUGGCUACAAAGGCUCCACGUUUCACCGUGUCAUCCCUAAAUUCAUGUGCCAGGGUGGCGAUUUUACCAACCACAACGGAACUGGAGGUAAAUCCAUCUAUGGAGAGAAGUUUCCUGAUGAGAACUUCCAGCUGAAGCACGGAGGCAUGGGGACUCUGUCCAUGGCUAACGCCGGUCCCAACACCAAUGGGUCCCAGUUCUUCAUCUGCACGGCUUCAACCGACUGGCUCAACGGGAAGCACGUAGUGUUUGGCAACGUCGUGGAGGGCAUUGAUGUUGUCAAGGCGAUAGAGAAGCACGGCACAAAAAGCGGCACCCCGAAAGCCAAGGUUGUUGUUGCCGACUGUGGUGAACUCCAGUAAAGCGACAGAGCUGCUUCAGUUCUCCUCCUGUUAGACGGAUCCUCUAUCAUGCACAUCUUUAAAAAAUGGUGUCUAUCUGCAGUAUGAGUAUAAAAUCACCCAGUGAACCCUCUCCUGUCCUCUUGUGGUGAUAUUAAUUGUGUAAUAUUUUGUAACUUCUAAUCUGUCCUUAAUGGGCCGCAUUUGUUA